CAUGAACUUAUGUUUGCUGCGGAGUGUCUUAGGACAGAGUUCUCUCACAGCACGGUUCCUCUUCUCCCCUCCUUCCUAUUUCUUUCCUUCCUCCUUUGAGUUCCCUCUUUACAGUAUUUGCAUAUCGUGCUGAGUAGGUUCAGACACUACAAUUCUUAUCUUCUUGUUUUAAGAUAUUGAAUCUCUGUAUGUGGCCCGAGUGAUUCUGUGUUGUGGUUUCUCAUUCUCUUGUGGGAUAUCACAUCUGGAAAUCUCUCUUCUCCUAUAUAAUUGUGUGAUAUGACAAUUUAUUGCCGUGUCUGGUUGUCACUUACCACGAGUUUUAGGCCGGAGACGAGGUGCAUUUUCUGAGUGAGGUAGGUCUCUUCUUGACAUGGCUUCAGAAAUCACCUAUGCAGAAGUGAAGUUCAAGAAUGAAUUCAAAUCCUCAGGCACCUACUCAGAUUCUGCUACAGCUCCCAAAGUGAAGCCCAACCCUCAUCUAAGUAAGUCUGGCCGCCCCUCGCUGCUCUUCACAUCACUGAUGGCACUUUUCUUGCUGUUGGCCAUCACAUUCUUGGCUGCUUUUAUCUUUUAUUUUCAAAAAUACUCUCAACUUUUUGAAGAAAAGAAAGCUAUAAGUUUAACUCACAAAGAUAUAACUCACAAAGAAUUGACCUGCAAAAAAGACGAUCCACCAACAUCUGUCUGGAGCUGUUGCCCAAAGGAUUGGAAGCUAUUUAGUUCCCACUGCUACUACAUUUCCACUGAUGCAGCAUCUUGGAGUAAGAGUGAGGAGAAGUGCUCCAGAAUGGGUGCUCAUCUGAUGGUGAUCCACAGCCAGGAGGAGCAGGAUUUUAUCACCAAGAUCCUGGAUCCUAAAGCUGCUUAUUAUAUUGGCCUUUCGGAUCCAGGUCACCGACAGUGGCGAUGGGUUGAUCAGACACCAUACAAUGAAAGUGCCACGUUCUGGCACCCGGGUGAGCCCAGCAGUGACAAAGAACAAUGUAUUAUAAUAAAUCAUCGAGAUUCUGUUUGGGGCUGGAAUGACGCCCUUUGUGGUGGUGAACAGAAGUUAGUUUGUCAGAUGAAGAAAAUAUCCUUAUGAAUCAAUCAUUCUUCAUGAACAUGGGAUUGCAUUUUUAUCAACCAUUACACGGACACUUGGAAAGAUCUUCUUGAGAAGAGAUGUCCAUAGAAAUUUAGGUAGGCAGCCAAAAGUUUUACAUAUGAUAAUACUGGUUCACAUAUAUAGUUAUACUUAUUUAUUCAUCCUUUACUCUUUAUAUAAUGAGAAUUUCCCAUAUGCCAGAGACUCUACAGGAUCUCUUUGUGCAUAUGUAGAAGCACUCCAGCUUCUCUGUCCAUUCUUAGAUUCCUAAACUCUUAUUUGAUUAUAGAAUUGUAUGGUGUGUUCCCUCUACCCAUCUGUCUCUCUCUUUGUUCCUCGGUCUUUGGAUUUAUUCAUGUACAAUUGACAAAUAAAUCAUGUAUAUUGACAUUA